AUGGCACGAACUGGGUCGGGAAAAACGGCGGCGUUGCUUGUCCCUAUGCUUCAGAAGCUCCUGCAGCAUGUUCCACAGGCUGGGGUCCGAGCCCUCAUUCUCUCCCCGACGCGUGACUUGGCUGUACAGACUUUAAAGUUUACCAAAGAACUCGGCCGCUUCACAGAUCUUCGUGUUAGUUUACUGGUUGGUGGUGAUACUAUGCAAAACCAAUUCGAAGAAUUGGCACAAAAUCCUGAUAUCAUAAUUGCUACUCCUGGUAGGCUCAUGCACCAUUUGGCAGAGGUUGAUGACAUGUCAUUGCGAACUGUGGAGUACGUAGUUUUUGACGAAGCUGAUUGCCUCUUCAGCAUGGGUUUUUCUGAGCAGUUCCAUAAAAUCCUUACACAGCUGAGUGAGAAUCAUCAGACAUUGCUUUUCAGUGCAACCUUACCAAGUGCCCUUGCUGAGGUUGCCAAGGCUGGUCUUUGGGAUCCUCAACUUGAGGAGAAGUAUGCUGCAUUAUUGUAUUCGACAAGGGAACAUAUUAGUUCUGAUCAGCAGACAUUAAUUUUUGUUUCUACAAAAUAUCAUGUCAAAAUUCUUAAGCCUAAACUUUUUGUCCAUAGAGUAGGGCGAGCUGCCAGUGCUGGUCGUACGGGCACUGCCUUUUCUCUGGUCACCUCUGAAGAUAUGCCAUUCCUAUUGGAUCUUCAUCUCUUUCUCUCGAAACUAAUUAGGGCUGCUCCCACUGAGGAAGAGGUUUUACAAGAUAUGGAUGGCAUCAUGUCUGAAAUAGACCAAGCAGUUGCUAAUGAGGAAACUGUUUAUGGGCAUUUUCCACAGACAGUUGUAGAUCUAUAUUCUGACAGAGUUCGAGAAAUCAUCAAUUUAUCUACAGACCUGACUGCUAUGCAGAUACCCUGUACAAGGGCAUUUUGCCUGUAUUCAAAAGACAAAAGCAGAACCAUCUAA